AUGGAGCCUCCCGCCCUCGCCGCCGUCCUGGCCUUCUCCGGGCUGGCGCUGAGCUGCUGCCGCGAGCCCGUUCUGUCCGAAUGCUAUACAGCAAAUGGGGCUGACUAUCGUGGCACUCAGAACCAGACCUCCCAAUAUGCAGGGAAACCUUGUCUUUUUUGGAAUGAGACCUUUGAGCAUCCUUAUAAUACUGUGAAAUAUCCCAAUGGGGAGGGAGGGCUUGGAGAGCAUAACUACUGCAGAAACCCCGAUGGGGAUGUCAGCCCCUGGUGCUAUAUUGCAGAACAUGAAGAUGGAAUAUACUGGAAAUACUGUGAGAUUCCAUCCUGCCGAAUGCCAGGAAAUCUGGGCUGUUACAAGGACCAUGGAGAGCCACCACCUUUGACUGGCACCAGCGAGACUUCCAAUAAACUCACAAUCCAAACGUGCAUCAGCUCCUGCCGAAGUCAACAGUUUAAGUUUGCAGGCAUGGAAUCAGGUUAUGCUUGUUUCUGUGGAAACAAUCCUGACUACUGGAGAUACGGGGAGGCAGCCAGUACGGAAUGCAACAGUGUUUGCUUUGGAGACCACACUCAGCCCUGUGGUGGGGAUGGCAGAGUCAUUCUAUUUGACACCCUUAUUGGUGCCUGUGGAGGGAAUUACACUUCUGCUACAGCUGUGAUCUAUUCACCGGAUUUUCCUGACACAUAUGGCACAGGCAAAGUCUGUUAUUGGACCAUACAAGUUCCAGGAGCAUCUCAAAUCCACUUCAGCUUUGUCCUUUUUGAAAUCAAAGAUGCUACAGAUAUGGUGGAAUUGCUGGAUGGUUAUACCUAUCACGUUCUAGCUCGUUUCAAUGGCAAGAACCGGCCUCCCCACACCUUUAACAUCUCUUUGGAUUUUGUCAUUUUGUACUUUUUCUCAGAUGACAUCAAUCAAGCCCAGGGAUUUGCUAUCAGGUAUAGAGCUGUGAAGGACAAUGUGCAUCAAAACAAGAUCCCAGUGAAUCACACCCUUUCAGAGAGGAUAAAUGAACAAACAAAUCUCAGCAUCAAUGCAGCCCGGUCAUCAAAGAUACUCUAUGUCAUCACAACCAGCCCAAGCCAUCCAACUAGCUCCAUGCCUGAAUGGACAAUAUACAGUCUCACAGCACUGCUCAUCUUAAGUGUUACAGCCAUAAUAGCAAAGAUACUUCUGCACAUUACCAUGAGGUCCCACCAGAUUCCAGCUGCAGUUGAAACAGAAGAUUGCAGUGAUGUCACUACUGCUGGUGAGAUCUGGAGUAUAUUUUACCAACCAUCCACAUCAAUAUCCAUCUUCAAGAAAAAGCUUCGAAAUCAACAAGACGAUUGCAACCCGCUGGUGGGAAACUGA